UUCCAAGAAUCAAUCUAGACUAGAAGGAAGGGGCGUUGAAAUCUUGGAGAUUCUGUACGACGACGAUGCAUUUUGCCGAUCUUUAGUAGAAUGAAACCUUCUUGCUUUGCCGUUCCCGUUUCAAGUGUGGUCUCAACGAGAGCUUUUUGGAUUCCACAAGGCUUAGUCAGGUGUUCACAGCACCUUUAUACAAAUCGUGCGGUUCGUUUUGGAACUUUUAUUUCUCAGCGUCGCCUUUUGCAACAAACCUUUUCAACUUGGAAGUGCUCGGCCUUAUCCGAAACCGAGACUUCGAUUCCUUCUAAAGCACCACCUGUACAACCUGUAGUUGUUGUUACUGGAUCUUCAAAGGGAAUUGGCCGUGCGAUAGCAUUAGAGUUUGCAAAGGCUGGGUGCAAGGUUGUUGUCAACUAUUCUAGAUCGGUUUCUGCCGCAGAGUUAGUAGUCUCUGAAAUUAUAGAAACCGGUGCAGAAUCUUUUGCUAUAAAGGCAGACGUUAGUUCAACUGUGGAAGUAGAAUCAAUGUUCCAACAAGUUUUUGAACGUUAUAAAGGAAUAGAUGUAUUGGUCAACAACGCAGGUGUCACGCAAGAUGGACUUUCGUUACGUAUGUCCCUUGAGCAGUGGAAAGCAGUCAUUGAUCUCAAUCUAACAGGCACUUUUCUCUGCUGUCAAAAUGCUUCAAAAUAUAUGUUGAAACAACGCAAGGGAAGGAUAAUUAAUAUGGCUUCGGUAGUAGGAGAAAUAGGAAAUGCUGGGCAGGUAAACUAUGCUGCGUCCAAAGCUGGAGUCAUUGGCCUAACGAGAACUCUUGCGAAAGAGUUUGCUCCACGAGGUGUACUAGUGAAUGCAGUUGCUCCUGGAUUCAUAGUUUCAGACAUGACUAAGGAGCUAGAUCAAGAUAAAAUCAAACAGUCAGUUCCUUUGGGGAGACUUGGGACUGCAGAAGAAGUUGCUGGACUAGUUGCAUUUCUUGCUUUACAUCCAUCUGCUGCUUAUAUUACUGGACAUGUUUUUAAUAUUGACGGAGGGAUAGCUAUUGGUUCAUCUUAGACUGGGCGAUGUUCAUUUGAGUGGCUUUUUCAUCCAAUAAAGAAUUUUUUAUGGAAUGAAAGAAGAAAGUAUCAAAUAUAUUC